CAAUAAUGGUAAUAAUGAAAAGAGCAACCAGUGCACGUUAGCAGACGCUAAUGAAAAUCGAAAGCAGAAAAAUGGCAUGGCCCUGUGGGUGGAGAAACAGAGGAGCGUUGGCGGAAAUUACAAAGACACUCUUCUCUCUCUCUUUCUCUAAUCCAAACGUGUCGCUAGUCGCUACACUAACCAAACUAAACUCUCCUUUAAUUCUCCCUUUUGCCCUCCUCAGCCCAUACUCUAUAAGUUCCUCUCCUCUCUCCUUCGUGCAAAAAUCCUCCGUUUCCCUCGAUUGUUGCCUCCUUCUCUCCUAUGGAGUUCUUUGUUGCUCUCCAAUCCUUUAACUGUAAAUUUUACGGCCCGUGCUUGACGGUUGGACGGAAGCUCAUUUCUUCUCCGGUGAAGCAAAAUGUGUCUCUCGUCUCGUGUGUGAAGGCGCCUGAAGCUGCGGCUACUGCUUCAGAGGCCAAAUCUGAUGGUUCGUUGGAGAAGAGUUCUCUGCGAGGUGCAACUUUUCCUAAUGGAUUUGAAGCAUUGGUACUAGAGGUCUGUGAUGAGACAGAGAUUGCUGAACUCAAACUAAAGGUUGGGGAUUUUGAAAUGCAUUUGCGCCGCAAUGUUGGGGCUACAAAAGCUCCCUUGUCCAACAUUUCACCUACAGAACCACCACCAAUCCCAACUAAACCAAUGGAUGUAUCAGCUUCUGUUGCCCCUACUCCAUCACCACCAAAAACCUCUACAGAAAAAGCGACUCCAUUUACUAAUGUCUCAUUUGGGAAGUCAUCCAAAUUAGCUGCCUUAGAGGCUUCUGGAGCCACUGGUUAUGUUCUGGUUGCUUCUCCAACGGUUGGCUCAUUCCGAAGGAACAGAACAGUGAAAGGAAAAAGGCAACCUCCCAUCUUUAAAGAGGGUGAUAUAAUUAAAGAAGGACAGGUGAUAGGGUAUUUGGAUCAAUUUGGUACUGAACUUCCUGUGAAGUCAGAUGUCGCUGGAGAAGUCUUAAAGCUCCUCUUUGAUGAUGGAGAUGCUGUUGGUUAUGGAGACCCUCUUAUUGCCGUCUUGCCAUCAUUUCAUGGCAUCAACCAGUGAACUUUCUGUCCUGUCUCCGGAUCAUGGAACUACUCAUGGAAAGUUCUGAAGUAAUGAAGAUUGUUUUCCCUCAUUACUUUGGUCUUUCCAUCCUCUACUCUCUGAUUUUGCAAUUAGAAGACAUACAUUUUAUGAUGAUCUGUACUUGGCUUUGUUGGUCAGUUUUAUCAAUCAUAUCUUGAAGAAUAAUUAAGUGAGAAGUGUAGUUUGAGAAGUUCGAUAUUUGUAUAAGAUAGUGUUUGUAUACUAGUGAAGCUAUAGAUACCAGUUCCUUGUCAUGGCAAAUUGUAUUUCUGAAAAACCAGUGUUCCAUGAAAAGAACAUUGAGGGCAUUCUGACAAUAAAAUUUACGCAUUGUUUCUGUUUUUUAA